AUGCGCGGCGACAUAUGCAGGCCGCUGCACUGCUGUGUUGAUGUUAUUGCUGCUGCUGCUGCUGCUGCCGCGCUGCUGAGCAUCCCACCGCCCGGAAACACGCCCAACCCCUCCGAACCCCCCGCCUCUGGAUCCUCGACAUCAUACCCCCGCCCUGCGCCCAUCGGCCUCGAGGACCACACCCACGACGGCUCAGACCACUGCAAGGCGCUGUGGGCCAAGGGCGUCACCAUAGACGAUUACGUCGUCGUCAGUGGCACUGCGCCGGCCAUCGGCGCAUACGUCGUCUGGAACUGUACCGUUCAGACGCUCGAGGGAGGCCCCAUGAAGAUACGCAAGAGUCAGAGCACGCUAUUGACAGGCAUGGCCAGAUAUUCCGAGUUUGAGGAGCUGCACGCAAAGCUGCUGCAGACAUUCCCCCAUGCCGCAGGCUCGCUGCCGCAGCUGCCCCCCAAGUCGGUCAUCUGCAUACGUAUACAUACAUCAUACUACUACUACUACUACUACUACUACUACUACUACUACUACCGCUGUUACUUGCAACCAUCCUUGGAAGUCGAUGGCAGUUCAAACAAGAUUCGUCGAGAAAGCCAGUCGCGAAUGAUCUUCAGCUUGCUCAACAUGGCCAACGCCGUUCGGCCUCUGCUGCGAGGCUCGAAUGACCGGCAGACCAGACUCAACUUCUUGCCCGUGUCGCGCGAUGACGCCCUCGCCCACGCCCACGCACACUCCCACGCACACGUCCAGCGCAACACCACGCCUACCGCCACCAUCGCGACACGUCGGGCCUCGCGCUCCGGGCCCCUGAUUGCGCUUGCAGACGACGACAAGCCCGUCCUCCAGACCUCGCCAGACACGCCCGCCGCCCGCACCACGAGCAGAAAGCGGCCUGCCACAGAGGUCGACCCAGACCAGCCCGACUCACGACCGCCCACCAAGAUCACCGUCACACAGCCCCACGGCGACCACCUGCCUAUCCCCAACAGUGUUUCCGUGCCCCUGCGCCUCGACGCCGCCCAUGUCCCUUCGCCAGCGUCGACGCCGCGACCAGCCAGCGCUGGCAAGCUGACUGCCUCGACCCCAGCCGUCCCCGCCCCUGCCUCGACGGCCUCGUCGACGGACAAGAGGAGCCUGCGAAGCCACGAUGGUGGAUCGCGCCUAAAGAGCCAUCUAGCCAUUUACUUUUACAACUACGACGACAUCAUCGCAGGCGUCUCCAAGGACGACGAAUUCCUUGCUCUCGACACACCCAUAUACAUUGUCGACGAACCCAUCAAGAGCAACACCCCUGCACCCACCACACCACAGCCCUCGCGCAACGCAGUGAGUCCAGCGCGCUCAAGAAGAGUGAAACCCGCCUCGCCUGCUUCGCCUUCGCAUCAUGGCUCAGAUGCGGCUAUACCCCCGACGCAAUCCUCCACGUCUUUCCAGGUUCUCAACUAUGCCACCAUAGCCAAUGCAAUCCACUACGAAGAUGGCCAAGACCCGCUUGCCGACUCGGUCUACUUUACCCAGCACCGGCGCGCGGAGCGCAAGGAGAAGCAGCUGCGUAACAUUGAAAAAGAGCGCGCUAUGCACGAGAAGGUGCAACUGGAGCGCCUGCUCGACGGCCUACAGGGCCCAGACUGGCUCAAAGUCAUGGGCAUAACAGGUGUCACAGAUGGCGAGAGGAAGGACUGGGAGGCCAAGCGUGACUAUUUUAUCAGAGAAGUAGAAGCGCUAGUCGACAAGUUCCGCGUAUGGAAAGAAGAAGAGAAACGGCUACGCGCCGACAAGGAAGCCGCCCUAGCCGCCAAAGAAGAAGAAGAAGAAGAAGACGACGACGACGACGAAGCAGACGGCGACGACACGGAAGAAUCCGACAGUUCCGUUGCAAACACACGAGACGCACCUCCGCCACGACACCAACCCAAGGAGCCAGAACCCCCCAAACCCAGACGGCCGCCUCGCCCUCACGGCUUCCUCCUUCCCCUCGUCCCACCGGAGCCUGCAGCACCCUUCCAGUCGUUUUACGCCAAACCCCAUCUCCGCGCUGCAGCACUCGGCAAGCACCGCCACGGCCGCAACGCCAGCGCCUUUGGCCAGCCGAUUCCUGAGUUCGCAGAAAAAGAGUUCGAACUGCCAGAUGACUUUAUCGAUCCCCAGUUCUUACGCGACAAUGCGAGACAGAGGCGAAGAAGAAAGCGCGAGAGUGGGGUUGGCGGUCCAAAUGCGGCUUCUGCGUCGAAUGCGUAG